AAAGUUGUGUAUGACGUCACCCUUCACUAUAUAAGACGGAAAUUCCGCCUCUGGAGCGUCCCAAGCCAUUCAUUUCUGUGGACGGCAUUAUAACAGCACUCAAGGAUAUCUGUCCUUUUUCUUCAUUUCAUCGUAUCGUGCACAUUUGCUUUUGUGCAUUGAUUUUACCGGUGUUCGUUCGAGUAUAAUCAGCGACGCCUGACUGGAUAACAUAUCCGUUUUCAUUUACAUAGAAUUACAGCAUGGUUUACCAAACUAGACAAGGUCUUCCUCAAGGCUGGUUGGCCCAGUGGGACUCAAACUACAACCGUUACUUUUUCGUGAACGAGAUGGGUCCCAAUCCCCAACCCACUUGGGAGCCCCCUGUCGAGGGAUUGGCCCUUCCUCCUCCUCCUGGCGAGAAGUUGCCUCAAGAGGUUCAACAACAAUUGCAAGAGAAGGGUGUCAGUGACCAAUAUUACCAACAACAACAGCAGCAACAGCAACAAACCCAAUUCUACAACACUCAGCAGGGUUAUACCGCUCCCUCCACCCAAUCUAAGGGUUUCAUGACUAACCCCUUCGUCACUGGUCUUGGCGGUAUGUUGCUCGGCAGCUGGAUGACUCACAAGUUCGACAAGUGGACUCACCCCGGCGGAAACGGUGGCUUUGGCGGUGCUCCUCCUCCCCCUCAACCUCAAGGUGGUUUCUUUGGUGGUGGAUUCCGCGGUGGUGACGACCGUGCUCCUCCUCAAGGUGGUCUUGGUGGCCCUGGCGGUCCCGGCGGCUUUGGUGGUCCCGGUGGUCCUCAUGAUGGACCCGGAGGUCCUGGCUUCGGUGGCCCUAACGGCCCCGGUGGUCCUGGAGGCCCUGGUUUCGGUGGUCCUGGUGGACCAGGCGGUCCCGGUGGUUUUGGUGGUCCCGGCGGCCCUGGUGGUCGCUGGUAGAGCAAUUUAGCUUAGUCUACGAUAACGCCUAUGAAAUGAUGCAUGAUCCAAA